AUGUCCUCUAGUAUCUCCUCGCGCUUGAAGCAUCCAAAAAAGCAUGAAUUGGUAAAAUCGCACAGUCAGGCCCAAAUAUUGGCUAAUAAAUUGAAACAGGAUGGCUUGAUGUCAACAGUGGAAGACGUUAUUCAAGCAGUUGAACAAGUUGCAGCACUAUUAUCAUCAAAUAUUGCUGACAAUAAACUCUCCUACAAGGACAGUGUGAUAAACUUAUGCCAACAUUUGAAGGUAUAUGGUGUGUAUCUGGAGAUCCUGUUCAAGGAACAAUUGGAUCAUUCAUUCAAAAUAUUCAGGGACAAAGCACAGGAUGAUAUUCAAGUGGACAUGCUAUCAAGAUUACAUUUACUUGAACUGAUCGAAUUAAGAGCAAAAGGUUGGAAGGGAACUGAUGGAAUGAACAUGUACUACAAAAAGAAAAUCAACCAAUUUGGAAACACACAAAUGGAUAUGACAGAAUCCAUAUCCAGCUUGAGUGAUUCUAUAAACUCUGUUACCCUUUCAUCACCACCACCAUCUUUGGGGCCAGGUGAGGUUAUCAAACCAUCUGGUAAAUUUAACAAGCCUACCAGAAUACCAGGUAAAAAGUACUGCAAAGAUGAAGUUGUCAUCAGGAAUGCAGAUUCUGGAAAAGUUAUGGGUAUCAAAGGAAGGAGGGUACAUAUGAUUGAGGAGCUGAGUGAGACAAUUAUAUCAUUUCAGAGAGUCAAUCCCGGUGCCAAAGAGAGACUUGUCCAGAUUACAGGUGCCAAUGAAGAAAGUAUCAAUCACGCAAAACAGCUGAUCGAAGAGACGAUCAGGCGCAACGCGUCUCCCGUCCGAGAGCCCUCUUUAUUGUCGUCCAGCGGGGGCCCCCUCACCGGCUCCAGCUCCAGCGUCAACUCCUCGGCGUCGGACGAUAACGCUCUGCCAGGGGGCGCGGGGGGCUCCGCUAGGGCUUCCCGGGCGCUCCUGCACAGUCUGAGCACCAACGACGCGCACAUCGGCGAGUACAAGUACACCGUCAUUGCGAAGGGGUGUACCGUGAGGAUUACGGGGGACAAUUUGGAUAUGGUCAGGACUAGCAAACUGGUCCUAGACGAAUACUUCUCUGGUGAACCCAUACAUGACGUCACGCAAUUCUUCAGCUUCGACAGCUUACCCCAACCGAUUGUUUCCGACGAAUUUAAUACGACUGGCCCUUUGUCACCGCCGGAGUCGCUUCCCUCUCCGGAAAUAGUGACGAACGGAGAUAACGAAGAGCCUGACAAGAUAACAUUGCGCAAGCCUCGGCUGUCCGUCGAGGAGAUGGCCAGGGCGUACGAGGAUAGGGAAAAGACGCCGCCGGCGCCGCCUAAAAAAUCCCACCUCUCGUACUCGAUCGAAUUUUUGGCGCACCUCGCCAUGUCGCCCUUGUGCUUGACCACGCCCGACGAAUGGGAGAGAAUCUCGCUAGAGUAUCCCCUGUUGAAGAGGAAUGUUGUUGAAUAUUUCGACGCGAAAAAUUAUUUGUCAGCACGUGAUACUGAGCCAUCCGGUUUGCGAAGUGCUGACGAUAUCGAUGCCAGUGAAGGUUGA